ACGAGGGUAACAAUUACUAUUUUCGCAAGUUUCUCGUUUAGUUCUGGGCAAAGGCUAUUGCUCGCGGUUAAGAAAAUUUCUUAACAGUGUUCCAAUAAAUUGUUGCCACUAUAAGUUUUAUAUCAACUGGCGUUAUCUGCAAGGUUGUGCAUAAUGGUGGUGUAGACGUGAUUCAACUAGUCUCAAGAAAAAAUCUUUGUCCAUUGCAUGAGCCUCUCUACAAAGGAAUAUCCUCGGCAGGAAUCGAACUUUUAUAUACGUCGCUGCGAUUCCUCAAGUCAUAUAGUUAUCACAUCCUGGUUCAUGGUUUUGCCCAAAAUGUUGCACCUUAAGAUAGAAAUUGUUAUACUUGUCUUAUUACUGGUAGCACGCAUCGGAAUCUUUGGAAUUCCAGUUAAAGUUAACGUCCCGUUUACCCGCUCUCCAAUGGUGACAAAAACAAGUAAUUCAGGUAAUGAUAGACAAAAGGAAGACUUUUCCCCGCUUGAUAAGGUUGGGAUUGUUUUAACAGUCCUCGCUGUUAUCAACCUGUUCGCCCUCUGUUGUUGUUGUUACAAAUCGAAAGUCAAAUGUAAAGGAGGAUAUAGCAACUCCGUUGAUGCAAGGAUUCUAGUUUAGGAAACAAGAACCAAAAGAAAAAUGCGAAAAUAACUGUAAUUGAAAGGUUCGUGAUGAAGUAAGAUGACGUUUCGCGGAAGAAUUCUUAAGGAUCUUUCAUGAUUCUAAAAACAAGACCAAUGUUUGAAAGUGCUCAAACAGAUACGAUUAUAUACCGAGAAAUAA